GUGUGUGUGUGUGUGUGUGUGUGUGUGUGUGUGUGUGUGUGUGCUCUUUCUUCCUGUUGGGUUGUACAGGACAGGGUUGUCAUCUGACAGACAGACAGAGCGAUGAAAGUAGACAAUUUUUUCCUAGCCAUGAUCCUGAUGCUCUGUAAUCUGUUCUGCAGGUAUGGAGUAGUAGAGAGCACUGAACACACCACUGAUUGACUUUAACCCCUGACCUCUGACCUCUUAUCCCUGGGUGUGUUCGAGGGGAUGCCCAGGGUAGUCCGGCGGAAGCGAUGGAAUCAUGUGACCUCCCGUACUUCUGCCCUCGCUGCGGAGAUGACAAGCGUUUCGACAGCGUACCUGCCCUCCGGUCCCACCUGGUCAGCCGACACACCUACGAGACCCUCCUGGUUCUGUCUCAGGCCCGGGCCAGGAGCUCCAGCCCAGGAACUCUGUUGCCACUCCUCCCCCACGCCGUGGCCCAGCCGAAGCACCCCGACCUGGAGAGGGAGAGACUCCCUUUCCCCCUGGCCUGCCUGGAUCUAGCGUCCUCCUCUGCCUCCACCCAGCUACUCAUUGAGAUGUUGACCAGGAGAGACCAGGGAGGAGGUUCAUCUGGUCCUGGUAAUUCUGCUGGUCCUGUAGCUACCUCCUCCUCUACUGCACCUCCUCACAGCACCACGGCCAUGGUCCUGCCUGGCUGCAGGGGAGACAGCCUGCCUGAUUUGGGGCUGAGAGGCCUAGGCCGCCGGUGGCUGGGGCCAAGCCUGGGCCUGGAGUUUGGGCUCUGCCUGGACGAGAGCCUCACUCUGGGGCUGGGGAUUGACGAGAGGCUGGGGGUGGAGAGGAGUAUCGCCAGGACGUUUGCCGAGGUGGAGGAGAGGGUGUCCCAGCAUGUGGGCUGUCUGAGGGCGGAGCUAGAGCGUCGAGAGGCGGAGUUAGAGCAUGAGAGGCGGGAUGCGGCGCGGCUGGAGAGGGAGAAGGAGGAGCUGGAGGACCAGGCUUCCCAUCUCUCCCGGCAGGUGGCGGUCUCCGUGGAGAUGAUGGCCACUCUGAAAAGAGACCUGCAGGGGAAGGACCAGGAGCUGUGUCGCAAGCAGCAGGAGGUGUGUGAUAUUGAGCGGUUCCUGACAGCCACAGCAGAGAGAGAAGCAGAGGCUAAGCUGCAGCUGCAGACCUUCAUAGAGGCUCUGCUGGAACGGGCCGACCGGGCAGAGAGAAAACUGCAGCUACUGGUGGCUACAGACAGACACACCCACAACGAUGACAGACACACCCACAACGAUGACAGACACACCCACAACGAUGACAGACACACCCACAAUGAUGACAGACACACCCACACUGAUAAUAGCCGUACAUACAAUAACGAAAGUCAUUCCCACAAUGGGACCAAUGGCCACAGGACCAAUGGACACGCCCACAACAGGAGUGAAGACGACAUCAUCACAGGGUCAAAGUUAAUUGGCUACAGGAGAAGCUACAGUGUAUCUGGGUCGCACAGACUAGGAGACCAGAUCUAUCACAACAACUUUGGAGCCCCCGCUGGUCGUAUGCGGACGCUGUCCCUGGGUUCUGGGGGGUGGGACAUUGACUCGGUGGGGGGGUGGGCCACACCUCUGGAAGCCCGUUACUACCACGUUCCCUGCUCUACUCGAGAGGGAGGAGAGAGGAGGGACAGGGGGUACAGGCGAACCCCAGAGGGGAGGGGAGGGUGGGGGCGGACCAGGUGGAGGGCGCCCCCCAGCACAGAGGAAGAGGAGGAAGAGGAUGAUGAAGAGGAGGACACAUGGUCAGAGGCCUGGAGCACACCUGAGACUCAGAGACACGCCCACGUCAGGCUGGAACACUCACCUGGCUCAGGUGUGUCGUCCAUACGAUCCAGCCCGUGUCACCGUGGUUACACAGCAUUGGGGGCGGGGACUCUGAGACUGAGGGCGGGGUUAUUCUGUGUGUUUCCUUAUUUGGAUGUGCGGACGUUGCUGCUCGCCGCUGAGGUGUGCUCCGAUUGGAGGUUUGUGGCACGACACCCAGCCGUCUGGACACGGGUACGACUGGAGAACGCCAGAGUCUCCGCUAAGUUCCUAGUGACCAUGGCCCAGUGGUGUACUCAGACUCAUUCCCUGGUGCUCCAGAACCUCAGACCACGACUGCGGCAUCGAGAUGAACGCAGAGAGGACUACGACAAGACAACACGGGGCUGUCUGGAGGGAGGUGUGGAGGCGUUGCUGAGGUCAGCGGGAGGCAGUCUAAUGGUUCUCAGAGUGUCUCACUGUCCUCACGUCCUGACUGACCGCUCCCUGUGGCUGGCCAGCUGCUACUGUAGGAACCUACAACACCUCACAUACAGGAGUUCGUCAGACCCCAUGGGUCAUGAGGUGGUGUGGGCUCUAGGAGCAGGCUGCAGAAACAUGACAUCCCUGCAGGUGGCGCCACUACACCCCUGUCAGCAGCCUACCCGCUUCAGUAACCGAUGCCUGCAGACGAUUGGCCGCUGUUGGCCACACCUCCGAGUGCUCAGUGUGGGCGGGGCUGGCUGUAGCAUUCAGGGAUUGUCCUUGCUGGUUCGUAGGUGUGUGGGUCUCCAGGUGUUGGAGUUGGAGCGUGUUACUGACUUGGUCCAGGAGGGGGCAGCAGAGCUGUGUAGAGAAGGACUACAGAAUCUAGAGACUCUACUACUCACCUCUACUCCUGUUACACCUGAAGCACUUCUGCACUUUAACAGUGUAUGUUGUAACCUCAGGUCCAUCAUAGUGCAGAUUGGGGUAGCUGACCACUUUGAGGAGCCAGACAGUCCUGAAGCUAAGAGACAGUACAAUGAGAUGGUCAACAAGUUACAGGCCCUAAAGAAGAGACCAGGUCUGUCUGAAGUGUUGCAGAUCAAAGCUGACGUUUUCGUUUGACCUAUUCCUCCUCCUUGUCUUCUUCCUCCUCCCCUUACAUCUCACUGACCUGUCAGUCACACAGCCAAUCAGCGAGUCUGGAAGCGACCUCAACAACCAGUCAGACUUGUGACACAUUUGCCAACCAAUUGGAAGAUGCAGCAUCCUGGAGAGAAGAAGCAAUCAGCCAAUAGGAAUCACACAGACAUGAAGAUGACACAUCAGACGUUAGUUGUGAAGCUGCUGGGUUCAGAGAUUCUUCAAACAUAACAGCAACAUACUAUAUUACUGUGAUGUAACAGAGACUUUACCCAUGCAACGCACGCACAGACAGACAGACAGACAGACAGACAGACAGACAGACAGACAGACAGACAGACAGACAGACAGACAG